AUGGCAAGAAUGCAUCGCAUGAUCCUGCUCGCCAGCAUUUUCCGCCUGAGCUGCCUCGCCGUCUCCACCGACGACCAGGCCCAGAAUGACCUGAGCGUUCACCUCUCCGUCCCCAUCGACAUCGGAGAAGGCAGCUCGGUUCCUGCUCGUCAUCAGCUCUUCCGUCUCGGGAAGACUGGCGACCCUGAUGUUGCUGUCACUUGUCUCGACUGCGGCGUCUCCGGCGGCAUGAUGCUCACCGUCGACGCCAAGUUCGACAAGACUCCUGAGCUGGACAAGCUUGAUUGGGCUACGGGUGUUGACCCCUGUCAGAGGAAGUGUAUGAAGAUCAGUGACUUGUGUCGCGGCGCGCCGCCUAUGAGAUGCAAGGGGAAGUCGGAUGUGCAAGUGCCGCCACGCCCGUCGGUCCAUAUUCCUCCUGGAGCGCCGUCACCUUCUCCGCCUGCUUCGCCUGGGUCUGAGGAGAGUGUUGUGGACGAGAAGCCUGCUGAUGACGCUUCUGAGGAUGAGCCUUCUGAGGAUGAGCCUUCGAACGGAAGCCAAGAGGAUGGGUCUCAGAAGCCCUCUGGAGUUCCCGAUUCUCAGGAGGCUCCAGAAGACCAUGAUUUCCCUCAUGACCCUGCCACACCAUCUAAUAUCCCACCUGGUCUUGACGGCACUGUCGACAUAGCCAACAUCGAGCUGCCGAUUACGAUCGAUCUUGGCAAUGGAAUGGUAGCCGUCAUCACCGAAGGCACCGAGCCCUUCGAAGAGAUGACCGAGGCUACCAGAGCCGCGCUUCAAGCCUGGCGCACCAGCAACGACCCUGCGUUGAAGGCUGCAAUGGCACAAAAGGGCGCAAUUCUGGCUGCUCAAGCGCUCGCCUUCGGCGGCCUUGUUGCAGAGAACGGACAGCUGCCGCAUAGACCUCCAGGGCCACCGGGAGGUCCCCCAGACACAGAGGAUCCGCCCCCGCCGCCACCGCCAGAGGACGAGGAUUGCGAUAACCCGUGGAAUGAUCUUGUGGAAAAGUUAUCCGGCAAGCCUCCCAUCAAGAAGCCGUCUAUCCCCCACACCAACCUCGCGCUGCGUAACAUCCUCCAAAGGUCUUUGCAAGACCAAGGCAGCAGCAGCAUGUUCGACAUAGCCGGCGACUGGAUCCGCUCGCUCGUCUCCUCCGUCACCUUCCAAGUCGAAGCAACCACCGACCUCACCGCGUCCUACCAAAUCGAGCUCUUCACCGCGCACGACCUCAAACUCGGCAUCGUCUGGGACUGGUUCGGCAUGGACCGCUUCAGCUACACCACGGCGCUCUCGCUCGCGCCCAAGCAAGGCAGCUCGCUGUCCUGGAAGCCCGAGACGAAGUAUACCAAAGUCGACAAGUCCAACAAAGUCAAAGCGCCCUGGCCGUCCAAAUUCCUCCCCAAAGACGGCGCAAAGCAAUACGAGACGAAGCUCGGUACCUUGGAAUACGCCUUCGCGCCCUUCUCCCUCGACGCCAAAAUCGGCGCCAAGGGCAACACCAACAUGACCCUGCCAGGCUUCACCGCCAUCAUCCCAAAGGGCUCCAUCUUCGCCGUCGACCUCCUCGGCGACGAAAUCCUCCAAAACACCUUCUCCCCAGAGAUCAUCUCCCUCCCCGCGCAAGACCACAACAACAACAACAACAAAAAAGAAGGCAAACCCAACCCGGAAGAAUUCUCCCUCUCCCUCUCCCUCUCCCUCGGCACCAAAGCCGAGCUCAAACUGCUCCCAGGCCUGCACCGCCCCAAGAAGCCCAAGAACAAAUGCAUCGAGUCCUUCACGCAGGCUUUGAAAUGGCUCGCGCAGGCCGCGGCCGCGAAAACCUUCGACUCCGCGAAGAAAGUCAAGGAUACCCUGCCGCUACCGAAGUGGCUGAACCGGAAGGGGAUCAAGGAGAAGGGGUUUGGCGAUCCACUCUCUAUCGGUGCGCGACUCGAUUGGGCGCGGAUGGAUUUCAAGGUCAAGCAAGUCUCAGACGUGGAUAGUCACUGCGAGAAGGACGGGCCGAUUCAGCACGGUUUGCAGAUGCAGUCGAUUUUCCGGCAGGGGUUCACGCCGUAUGCGAAUUUGUUCUUCUGGAAGGCGGAUACGAGUCUUGGGGGGAAGAUGACGGAUAAGUGGAAGGACGGGACGGCCGGAUUAUUCAUGUCCAAGAGUCUGGGGAAAUUCUGCUAUGAUCUCCACGAUACGCAUGCCGCCUUGGGGGAGAUGGGGAAUGUCACGGAGACGGCGUCCGGGGCGAGUCUUGGCGAGGGGGACGUGGAUGGGGAGGUGGAAGAAGAGGGGGAGAUGGGGGAGUUUGCGAGGGAGAUGUGGAGGGAGGAGAUGGCUAUGGGGGCUAAUGAUACGGUGAGGGUUUUGGCGCCGAUGUUGGGGGUGCAGGUGGAGGAUGUUGGGGUGGAGGGGGAGCAUGAGCGGGUGGAGUAUGUGGUUGAGGGGGAGGAGAGGGAAGGCAGAUGA